AAUAAAAAAAACCCCGCCCGGCGCAUGCGCAACCUCUUACAGGAGCGAUUGCUGCGCUGAUCUGCAGGCAUCAGCGUCGGCGCUGAGCCACGCGUCGAUCAUCUGCAGCCUCGUGCGCCGCCGCUCCGCCCAAUACACGUCCACAGCUUUCACCCAUCGAAAACUGAAAAGCACGUGGAACCGUCCAAGCACGCUGGCGCCGCUCUCGCUUCAUCUACUCCCUUCUUCGCCGCCGCCCAGCGACCGCCGCCCCGUCCAAGGCUUUUCUCCCUCUUCUCUUAGAGAUCGAGGAACUUAUCAUUUUGUACACAGAGUCUGAGCUUCUGAUGGUAGGAUUUGGCAAUGGAGAAGCACCGUGGAAGCAUUAUAUCCAAUCCCCUUGGUGGUGUAUGGUGCUUUCUACGUAAAUGUCUCUUUUCUGUUCUCUCUUUGGGUCCAAUGCCUCACCAUAUUGCGUUUAUCAUGGAUGGAAAUCGUAGAUAUGCCAAGAGGAGUCUUAAACAGGAUAGUGGUCACAAGGUCGGUUUCACAGCUCUUACAUCUGUUCUCCAAUACUGUUUUGAGAUGCGUGUGAAGUAUGUGACUGUAUAUGCUUUCAGUAUUGACAAUUUUAAACGACAACCUAGUGAGGUUCAGUCAUUGAUGGAUUUAAUGAAAGAAAAGAUCGAUGAAUUGCUAAAGGAAGAGAGCAUUGUGAACAAAUACAAAGUUAGGAUUAAUUUUUGGGGAAACCUAUGUCUUUUGAGUGAGCCUGUAAGGUUAGCCGCUGAAAAAGCAAUGGCAAUUACUGCCGGGAACAUGGGACCAGUGUUUUCAGUAUGUGUGGCCUACACAUCGACGAAUGAGAUUAUGCAUGCUGUUGAAGAAUCAUGUGUAGAACGGAGGGACAAAAUACGGAAAGGGUAUAGUAAUGGUUAUAAAGAUGAAUUAGUGCGGGCAGAUAAAAUGGAUAGUGUGAUUUUAGUUGCUGAUUUGGAGCAGCACUUUUACACAUCUGAUUGUCCUGGUCCUGAUAUCGUGAUUAGGACAUCGGGUGAGACACGGCUUAGUAAUUUCCUUCUUUGGCAAACUACCUUUAGCCACUUGCAAAAUCCAGCCCCUUUAUGGCCAGAGUUCUCUUUUAGGCACUUGGUCUGGGCCAUUAUAGAAUACCAGAGGGUCUACCCUUAUCUAGAACGAAGGAGAAGUUCAAGCAAAAAGGAAGAUUGACAUCUAUGAUGUUUAGCUUUAGAAGUUGUACCAUAUUUCAUUAGAUUCACAUGUGUUGUAACAAUAUGAGCUUUAUCUGUUUUAAAAUGAACACAAUGCUAUCAUAGCAAUUUUGUGCUAUCAUGAUUGUUUUGUGGAUGGUACUCGUGAUAAAGAGCUUGAAAUUUGAAAUCUUGCAAAAUUCUUGGUUUUGGUGAA